CGGAGCUGACAAGACGACCAACCAGCCUAAAGGAGAGAAGUCUUCAGUAUUUUGACAGAUGGAGACCAUGAAGAGUGCUAGGAAGACUGAAACAGGGGACAUUGGGAGUGACCUAUCAGAGCAGGUCAAAGCAGCCACUAAGGACGGCCAUGUCAGAGCUGAAAACACACAGCUGAUGCUGAGUUACCAGAAGGGUCACAUCACCCUGCCUCAGUACAAGGUCCUGUUGUGUUCCCUCCACGAGAUUUACAAAGCGCUCGAGGACGAGCUGGACAGAAAUUCUUCCCAUCCAGCUGUGGCACCGAUAUACUUCCCUCAGGAACUGGCCCGUCUGGAAACGCUGGAGAAGGAUCUGGAGCACUUCUUGGGCUCCGGCUGGAGGAAGAGGGUGGUCGUUCCCGCAGCCACGCACAGAUAUGAACAGAGACUACGACAGAUUGGCAAAGAGAGGCCCGAGCUGCUGGUGGCCCACGCCUACACGCGCUACCUCGGCGACCUCUCGGGAGGUCAAGUGCUGGGGAAGAUUACCCAGAAAUCUCUGGGGCUGAGCAGCCAAGAGGGGCUUUCGUUCUUCUCCUUCCCCGGCGUGACCAGCCCCAACCGCUUCAAGCAGCUGUACAGGAGCCGGAUGAACGGCAUCGAGCUGACGGAGGAGGAGAGGGCGGCGGUGCUGGAGGAGGCCGUCGCCGCAUUCGAGCUCAACAUCCAGGUUUUUGAUGACUUGCAGAAAAUGUUGAGUGUCACAACAGAAGCGGAGGACCAAUCAGCGGGCAACGUCGUCAGAACUGCCACGUUCCCAUCUUUACCCAUCGUGGGGUUAUGUGUGGCUCUCACCACUAUUGGACUGGGAAUCUACUCCUUGUAGAUUUUACCAGCACUUUUUAUAUAUGCACACGCAGCACUUAACUAAUGAAUUAAUGCAACAAAUAAAAUCAAGACAGAA